AACAUCGGGAGCAGUCUUCGGCGUUGAAUUUUUCAUCCAAAAUACAUUUUGACCAGUCAUCCAACUGGAGGGUAAGCUCUGCACGGGUAAGGUUUGGCCAACAAUGCAAAGUAUUGGAGACUCUCGGGUUGCUAACGGGAUGAGAUUAUGGGAUCAUGGAUCUCGGAACUAAUUUUCCACGGCUGAUCAUUUUUGGCUUUCUUAUCCGAUUAUUACUGAUUUUGUCUUUUGCCGAGAUGAAACAUAAUACUUAUGGGCGUAGAAUACGGCCGUUAGCGGGAAGUGGAGAAGGACGGACUUCUUCGCAGCUUUGUUCUCGUUCUUUUUGCUUAGCCUUCAGCGCUGUUCUCUACCCGUUACCAACAGUUCGCCCCUUGAGCGUAGCGUUGAUAAAGCUGAAGCCAUGAGUGCAGUUCCAACGGUAAUUGUAAUUGAUAAUACGUAUGGGGCUUUGUUCAUUGGGACUUUGUAAGUUCAAUGCAUCCACGUAUGUAUGAUAUUGAGCUGGCAUUGCUGUGCAGAAUGGCUAUGGCGCUUUGGGGAUGUGCUUCGGUCCAGCUCUACUAUUACUUCAAUAAUUUCCCUAAAGACGAGCUUCGACUAAAGAUUCUAGUGACCUUAGUCUGGGCACUUGAUACCGCUCACCAAGGACUAAUCUCGCAUUCGUGUUAUCUUUAUCUUGUAUCAAAUUAUGGGAAUCCAUUAUUUCUGUUCAAGAUCGUUCCAACGCUUGAGGUCAUGGUGCUGUUAAGCGCAAUUGUUUGCUUGCUCGUCCAGUCGUUCCUGUUAUACCGGGUUUUCAGACUAAGUGAAAAGAACGUGGUGCUUGUAGUAGCACUGUCCCUUCUUGCUAUUGCCCAAUUCAUCGCAACAACACUCUUCUUCGCAAAGGGCUACCGGUUAUCAUCUUUUGCGGAGGUUCCGUCCAUCGCAUGGUUGUCUAAAACGGCAAACAGCCUUGCCGCGGCCACCGACGUCUCUAUUGCCAUAACGCUCAUUUUCCUCCUGCACCGUUCACGGACGGGCUUUAGGCGCUCAGAAACGAUGAUCAAUCGAUUGAUUAUUUUUACGAUUAACACUGGUGCAGUGACGAGCGUCUGUGCGCUAUUUGCUGUGCUUUUCGUGUCCAUUUAUCCCAAUGCGCUCAUCUACGUCGCGUUUUACGUUUGCAUCAGCAGAAUGUACUCAAAUACUCUACUUGCGACAUUGAAUGCACGAAAAGGGACGCGAGCAGGUUUCGAUGAAACAUAUAACCAAGGAUCAUCGAUGAUAUUGACAUCGCAACCCUCUGAUCAUCAGCAGAGGAUAACGAACAAUUCGUUUACUGGUCGAUCACUAGCGAUUCGAGUAGAGACGGAAACAUCGCAUGAACCAGAUAACAUCGACCUCGAUGAUCUGGAAAGGGAUGGUACGAAGGUUAUCGAAGAUUCUGAACACAGCUACACGUACGAACAGAAAGCGAAGCUAUCGCAUGUAUAGCCUUUAAAUCCAACGUCUUGACACCUCAUCUCGGAUAGAAAAACACAGAAAACAUCAGAAGCGUUCUCUCAUUGUAAUUGGGCUUAGGUUUACUCCGCACGUGCAUCAUACAGCAUUAUCAUAAUCCAUUGCAUUCAUGUUUUAUUUUAUUCUGUUCUUCAUUACCAUUUCCCAACUUCCGACAUACAUAGUGAGACAUGAAUUCCAACGACGAAGGGCAGAGCUCAUUCACAAGAAACUAGUAUUAUUUUAUUCUUUACAUAGGGUUCACUUUGGUCUUUUGUAGCAUAGUAGCAUAAUCUCAAACUCGUUGACGCAAGGAAGUCGUUGAAUCAAAGAUCACAAUCAUUUACAAUCGUUCAUCCUUUCGAUC